GUGACACACAUUAUACACUGUGCAUUGUACCUUGAGAAUCUAUGUAUCAUAUCGUCACGGUUAUACCCUCGGCACGCAUAGCCGAUUCAGUGUCUUUUGAAGCUAAGGAAAAUCUAGACCGAUUACACACUGUAUUACUAAAUUUUAAUAAAGUGGUAACAUCAGGGAGGGUAACCGCAUGACGGCGCCACGAGAGCGUCGCGACGCGAGCUACGGUCGUCAGGCGGCGCCGGUCGUUCGUCACGAAACGAGGCGGGGUUGCAGGAGAAGUUCUCGUAUGAAAGAAGGAAAGAGUCAGAGACAGAGGCAAAUCGCGUGACGUGAACUCGAGUAAAAGAGAAAGAAUCGAGAAGAAUCGGGUGAACAGAACGGUGUAAGGUGUAAGGCAUACACUGCGAAACUAGCGCCUCCGUUUGUACGCUCUAUUCGUUAUUUUCGUACCUUUCGGCUUAUGAAAACGAGAAAACCACGGGUCCCCGGAAUUAAAUGCCAACUUGUGUCAACGUAUAUCUCCUCGAUUCUUUCGUCAAUUACUCCCACCUUUCUUUUCUCUUUACGCACGCACUCUCUCGUUCUUUGCUACCUUCAAUUUUACGUCCUUACACUAGUGUUUGUCAUUCACGAAAAUACACAAACUCCCAAACCUGUUACUACCAGUUCUCUGUGGUGAUAUCACGGUGUAGCAACAUCAAAGUUGACAACGAAAAAGAAGAAAAAUCUCGUGUAUGAAAUUUAUACAUGACUGCAUAUGAACAUCAUGCGUGCUUUCUUUACAUAUGUACGUGUUAUAUCGUUACGAGGUACGAUAGUGUCUCGUCGUAGCUCUCUUGUGACCCUAUCAGUGACUAAUUGAACGUGCAAAUUUAGCAACUUUAUGGCUGGACAAUGAGUCGACCAAGAUAACGACCGCAUACAGAAACAUCAAGGAAUCCUCUAAAUUCUGCGAGGAUUCUCUAUCGCUGUCUCUGUUCUUAUCGCCUCUCUUAUGGUACAAAUUUCGUCGAAUGAGGCUUCAGGUUCAAAAAAUCCAGAACGAAAUUAGAAGAAACGCAGAGCAACAACAAAGCUGUAAAUCCAACAUAUAAAUGGUAUAAUGACCGCAGUAGAGAAAAUUGUACAAGAAUCAGAUGGAUCAAAUAAUAGAUGAUGAGAAACUACAUCAAAUGAUGCGUAACAUGUUAUGGCAGUUUCUACAUACAAAAUUCAAAAGAUCGCCCAUAUUUUGUAAGAACCCACUCGAUAGAGUAUAAAUCCUUUAUACGAAUAUAUAAAAACGCAUCGCUGCCUUUUGAGUAACCGAUUCAAAGAGACAUCGCAAUGUCGAAAAACGCGCAACCGUUACGAAGCAAGACCGACUCAUAAAAAGAAGAAAAGACACGUUAGGAUUUGCAUUAUUCAAGGAAUAUUCAAGAUAAUUACGAUAUUAAGUAUGGAUGAGAUAAAGGUAGCGAACUUGGGCCAAGCGGCAUCAGCCGCGUGCUCGAUGGCUACGAAUUUCUUGGCGCCAGUGAAAACCGAACGGCAGAUCUACGAGAAUUCGAUGCUCGAGGACGAUCCCAAUGCCAAUUCGGUGGUCUCAACUUCACAAGAGGACAGAACUGUACCAAGAUGGGGUCCUAAUCACAAGGGUGCUCAAGAAUUAGCAAAUCUUUAUAGUACUGGGAAAAGAACACAAGAGUGCAUUUGUGUCGGCAUCUGCAUUACUCUCAUCGUAGUUAAUUCGAUAUUUAUUCUUGUCAGAUUACGAUUAGAAAAUUUGAGCUCGAUAGCGAUAGCAGCAUUUUGUGGCAUCGUUACGGCAGAUUUUGGAUCUGGAUUAGUACAUUGGGCUGCUGACACAUGGGGCUCUGUGGAGCUUCCAGUUCUUGGAAAGAAUUUUUUAAGACCAUUUCGAGAGCAUCACAUUGAUCCAACUAGCAUAACAAGGCAUGAUUUUAUAGAAACUAAUGGUGACAAUUUCAUGGUCACAAUUCCAUUCCUUUACAAAUUAACAUGGGAUUUCUUAAUUCUCCCAGAAUCAGAGAUACAACAAAAAUUUGUUUGGACCUGUUAUUGGUUUCUACUUGCAAUUUUUGUGGCAAUGACUAAUCAGAUACAUAAAUGGUCACAUACAUAUUUUGGAUUACCUUCCUGGGUUGUUUGGUUACAAGAACAUAGAAUUAUAUUGCCUAGGAAACAUCAUCGUGUGCAUCAUGUUGCACCACAUGAAACUUAUUUCUGUAUUACUACUGGAUGGUUAAAUUGGCCAUUAGAACAACUUCGGUUUUGGUAUAUUCUAGAAACUGUAAUCGAAAAAGCUACUGGCUGUAAACCUAGGGCAGAUGAUUUAAAAUGGGCACAAAAACGAUCUUGAGAAUUAAUGUAUUUUAUUGUCUUAUGCAUUUUCACGGAUAAAAAAAAAAUUUAACAAAAAAUGAAAUUUUCCAUGAACUUUAACUUCAUGAAAAAAUAUAGAGAAAAAUUUUGAAUAGAACAUGCUGAAAGGAAAGUUAAAUCUAUACUGUAUUUUUUUUCUUAUAUUUAGCACUACGAGGCCUUUCCUACAAAAUAGAUAGCGUGAUUAAAGACAUUUAGUAUUACUUAAAUAUGCUUUUGAAGUUUACACAUUUAUAAUAUAUAUAAACGCAAUAAUAUAAAUAUAUAUGUAUAUACAUUACGUAAGAGAAAUGUGAGUAUGAAAUCAUGUUUGUGUAAGUAUAAAUUAUGAAUUAACAAUUGGCCUGAUGAAUUAAGCAAUUCAUACGUUUAUGCACCGCACAAUCAUUACAUAAGUAGCACAAAUUUGAAGCAAAGAGUAUUAAUUUAACAUUUUAUAUAAUAAUUUAUAAAGUAUUAAGACUACAAUCACAAAAUACUGCAGUACAUUGUGAAUGAGAAGUGUCGUGUACUAUAUUUCAAUUUUAAACACAAUGUCCAGUGGCUAUGAAAUGAAACUGAGUGUUAAAAAUAAAAUGCAUUGAUAUACACAUGUGUAUAAGUAUAUGUGUGUAUAUAUAUGCAUACUAUAUGUAUUUGUAUACAUGUAUACAUAUUUAUGAAUUAAUUUAAAAUUGUCGCUUAGAUUUGUUCGCGCAUAAAUCUAAACAGUGUAAUUUUAAAGGAAAGAUAUAAUUUAAAUUAAUUAAUAUGCUAAUUUAUAAUAGCCUAAACUGCUGUUUAAGUACAAUCAAUUUCCCUGAACCCCAGAAAAUUUUUGAACUACUAAAAUUUAAUAAAAAGCAUUGAUUUAUAAAAACCUAUUACUAAAAAUGAAUAUUGUCAAUUUAACUAUUACCUAUCUAUGUAAAUAAUUUAAUAUCUUUCAUAUUUAGAAGAAAAACAAAUUAGCUAUUGUUCAUUAAUAAAUCUACAUACAUUUUUUUAUAUAUUACAUUGUGUUCAUAAUCAUUCAAAUGGGCAAUUUGAUUUUAAUCUUGAUUUAAAAAGUUCGUCUACAUUGUACACAGUCUGAGCUAAGAUUUACUUAACAAUAUUAUGAAACAAUAUAUAAAUAGUAUAAAAGAAAUAAAACAUUGUUUAUAAAUUGAAUGACGUCUUUGUUUAGUAUAAAAAUGAUACUUUUUUUUACCAAUUAUAUUUCUUAGCUUGUGACAAAUAAUUCAACAGAUAUAAAAAUUGUAAGGUGCUAAAUAUAAGUACAAGUUUUAGGUUCAGGGACCAAUAAAAGAGUUAAUUGCUCUUUGCAGCAGUUUUCUAAAUUGGUUUGACUUGGAUAGAGUAUACUGAUACUUAAGUAGUAUGAGAAAUUUGUGGAAUCUUCAUAAAUACAUAUUAUUAAAAUUACGAUAAUUACCUUGAUUUUUAUACACAUUUUUUCAUUGACUACUAUUUUGAAUGGCUUGUAACUUUCAGUAUACUUUAUGCAGAGCUUGACCAUGAUGUAUGUUCCUUACAAGCAAAUCAUUAGUAAUGUCUUUUAAAGAAAAUGAUAUUAGAGGACAUUACGUUUAUUAUAAAUAUCGUACUUGUUAUUGUUGUUGUUAUUGUUAUAGAAAAAAAGAAGUAUAAACUUUUAACAAACUUGUCAAAUAGCAAUGCGUGCCAGAACUGAUGCUUUUUUUUAAUAUAGAUAUAUUUAAUAGUUACCUAAUAACAACACAAAGCAAAAUGAAACACAAAAAUUAUAUUUUUGGCUAAUAACUUAAUUUUCUAUGCAAUAUAUAUUUAUGUUAUUACUAUUACUGCAAACUUUAAUUACCUUUUGCGAUAUAUAGUUUUUUAAAGACGAAUUUUGAAAUAUGAGAAUAGAACUGUACAUUGUGUCGUCCAUAUAUGAAAAUGAGAGAAAAUGAAAAAAUGGAGAUUCAUUAUUUUACCAUGAAUGACUUGAGCGUUUAGUUAUGUGUACCACUUGAAUGUUAAUUUCGAAUUACAACUCACCAUUCAUCACAACGAAAAAAGAAAGACUAAUGAAACAUAAAACGUUAUAUAUAAAGGCAGCAUAGAUGUAUGGUAAUUACAUAACUAUUUUAUUAAUUUAAUGAUCGAUAUCGCAACACGAAAUAUUUUGAUUAAAAUAAAGUGUCUCGUUUUCACAUUCCAUAAGUCUAAUUAUGUGAACAUAUUUAUUGCACCAAUAUUCAAUGAAUUGAAUAUGUAGAUAUUUAUUUACAUUAUAUUUAAUAACAAUACCAAAAAAUUAAUGUUAAUUUAUGAAAUAGUUCAUUUGAACAAUUCCUACAUAGAUUUAUACAAUUUUAAUAACAGUCAAUAUACGAUCAGCCUUAUAACAUAAAAACAAAGAAUAUUUUAUUGAAAAAUAAUCUUAAGCUUUAAUAUUUUGAGGCUACAUUCACUUUAGAAGUUAGUCUCUAUUUUAAAUAGUACAUAGUACAUAAGAAAUUUACGCAAAAUAAACUAUAGCUAUAAUAAAUUUAAAUACAUUGUAAGAACUACUAGUACUAAUAAUUUUGACUUUUCAGCAGCACAUUUAGAUGUAAAUAUAUGUUAUUAAGCUUAAAUUUAUAAAAGAGAAAUAUAUAACGCAUAGUUCAAACGAAAAAUGAAAUAAAGGCUGUAAAUAUAUUGAAUUUGAUACAUAAAGAACAUUUAUAUCUAAUUCUAAUUGCAAAAAUGCACAUACCUAUUUUCAUAUGAUUAUAAAUUGAACACUUUUAAUGGAAUUACAUUGUAUUCUUAUUAAACACAAUCUUUCACAUUCAGUUUUAUAAUAUUUUUAAUAAUAGAUUUUUCGAAGAAGAAAUAACAAAAUGUAAUUUCGACAAAUGUGCGUACAUACAUUCUGUUUUACUCGAUUUGGUGUAAUAAAACUGCAUUUAAAAUUUAUUAUACAUAUUAAAAAUACACUAUGCAAUAGACUAAAACUGUUCUAUUAAUUUUUACGAAUUACAAUUGAUUUAUAAAAAUACAAAAAACCAAAUUACUACUCUUAAUUUUUUAUAUUGUUCGAAAAGCUGCUUCGCGAUAAACAGAAAUGUAUGUAUGUGUAUAUAUGUAAUAUAUAUUCUGAUAUUACAAAUGUACAUGAAAUGCAAUCAAAAUAAUAGAGCAUCCAAAAUUUAAAAAAUAUGCUUAUAUGCAGUUUUCUGGCUACAGUAACAUGUAUAAAUAGCGAAUGAAACUGGAAUUUGCAUUUGCCUUAUCUGCAUGUAUUUAGUUAAAAAAAUUUCUCUUAGUGAGAUGGUAAAUAAAUAAAUGAGGAUAGCAUAAACAAUAUAAAAUGAAGUUUGAAGAAAUGAAGUUCAUAAUCAACUAUAAAAAACAAGCCUUAUAUAAGCUAGAAAUAGCAUUGUUCCAUCAUUAAUAUAUAAUGGUGUCUCUGAAAAUGUCAAAGUGAUAGUUCAGUAACUUUACAAAAGCCUGAAUUAAUAUUUUAUACUAAUGUUGUAAAGAAAAGAACAUGCAUCUUGUUUGAUUAUGACUGCAACGUUAGAAUUUUUCAUCUUUAUGCUGUUACUAAAGUGUAAACAUAAAGGAGAAUAUUAUUAAAAUGAUAUUAAAGAAUGUGACUCUCUAAUAAAAACAUUAUCUUGUGAUAAUAAAAAUUUUAUAUAUUUAUAAAUUAUAUAGCAAAACUGCACACUAGGAUUUAAAUAUUCAUUGAUGUCUGAUAAACUUUUUAAAUACCAAUAUAUUGUAUUACAAAACUUUAUCCUGCAGAAAGAAGCAAAUAAUUGCUUAAUAAAUAACAAAAUAUUCAUAUAUA